UCGCGUCCACCUUUCUCUUCAUGUCGACGUCCCUGGAAACAGUCACACGGAUGCCAUGGUUACUUCUGCCACGAUCUUACAGGUGAACAAGGUGAUGUCCAUCUUGUUUUAUGUGAUAUUUCUCGCGUAUCUCCGUGGCAUCCAAGGUAACAACAUGGAUCAAAGGAGUCUGCCUGAAGACUCGCUAAAUUCCCUGAUUAUUAAGCUGAUCCAGGCAGAUAUCUUGAAAAACAAGCUCUCCAAGCAGAUGGUGGACGUUAAGGAGAACUACCAGAGCACCCUGCCCAAAGCAGGGGCCCCCCCCAGGCCGGAGCAGGGCGAGCUGGCCAAGUCGGAAUUCCAGCCUGUGACUGCGAUGGACACAGAGCUGUUACGGCAGCAGAGACGUUACAGCUCGCCCCGGGUCCUGCUGAGUGACAGCACCCCCCUGGAGCCCCCUCCCUUGUAUCUCAUGGAGGAUUACGUGGGCAGCCCUGUGGCCGCCAACAGAACGUCACGGAGGAAGAGGUACGCCGAGCACAAGAGUCACCGGGGGGAGUACUCCGUAUGCGACAGCGAGAGUCUGUGGGUAACCGACAAGUCAUCGGCCAUCGACAUUCGGGGACACCAGGUCACGGUGCUGGGGGAGAUCAAAACCGGCAACUCUCCCGUCAAACAAUAUUUUUAUGAGACACGAUGUAAAGAAGCCAGGCCUGUCAAGAACGGUUGCAGGGGGAUUGACGAUAAACACUGGAACUCUCAGUGCAAAACGUCCCAGACCUACGUCCGAGCACUGACGUCAGAAAACAAUAAACUUGUGGGCUGGCGAUGGAUACGGAUAGACACCUCCUGCGUGUGUGCCUUGUCGAGAAAAAUUGGAAGAACAUAGAUUGGCAUUUCUCCCCAUAUAUAAAUUAUUACUUUAAAUUAUAUGAUAUGCAUGUAGCAUAUAAAUGUUUAUAUUGUUUUUAUAUAUUAUAAGUUGACCUUUAUUUAUUAAACUUCAGCAACCCUACAGUAUAUAAGCUUUUUUCUCAAUAAAAUCCGUGUGCUUGCCUUCCCUCAGGCCUCUCC